CCUUAGCUAAUGACCUUUACCAAGUAUACCCAGUCUUUAGUAUAGUAUCUCUGCUUUUAAUAGUAUAGAGCUAGCUAGCUAGCUCAUGCUCAGUACAUGUCAGUAGCUAACUCUACCUCUAUUUUCAGCCAUGCAAAGUAGAAUUACAUUGCUCUGUAUUAGUCUGCUAGCUGCAUAUACUGGAAGUGCAAGCCAUUCUGGAAAUGUGAGCAAGAACCAUCAUGAGUCCAAUGCAGCACAAGCCGCACUAUUACAAACCAUUCGCCUGUCCGACCUCCCUGAGCUACUAACACAGAAGUGUGCACUAUUGGGAGUUCCACCAUAUCCCACGUAUGUCGAUCUGGAGUCCCUGUUGCUCGAACUGAGUCAUGUUUUUCAAGACGAACAAACUAUUUUCAUUGGACAAUUUUCCGAGGAAGCAAAUCGCAGUAGAUCUAGUCUUACCGAUCAAAUUAUAUGGAGGAGUUCGUUAAAAGAUGACGAAGUUUAUAUUGCUUUUUAUGAGAGGGAACUUAAAGACAGAACAUGUUUAUUGUCUCCACCGAAGACAAAAUUUUACGCCCACUCAUACGCAGGCCAAUUAAAUGUUGAGGUACUAGUACAGUAUGUAAACGAGAAAUGUCACACUUUUCGAACACCACACGGACAUUUAACCCAUGGAGGCCUGUUUCACAGACACAUUAUGGAGAAUUUAUACACCCCUGACCAACCUAUUGAAAACUGUGUGGAGCUGAACAGAAUGCCCUCGAAAAUGGAGUUUUUCACUGAGUAUUUAUUUCGUUCAAGACCAGUCGUAAUCAAGAAUGCAUAUAAAGAUUCGAUUCCAAUUAGAAAAUGGACUCGAGAGUAUCUUCGACAAACGUUUGGCCCAAAACAUAUCCACAUAAAACUAACGGAUGACGGUGUUUUUGAGGGAGUUGAGAGUGCUUAUCUUUGGCGAGAUCAUCACGAGCAGCACAUCCCACCUAAUGUGAAGUCGCAGUUAAAGUUCCCUGAUCUUGUAGUUGUUCGACCGGCUACUAGCGAAAUGCUCUUUUCUGAUUUCUUAGACUUAAUAUCGUCCGGAAAUGUCUCAUAUUCGGCGUAUUUAGAGUAUUCUUCUAUUCCGUACCACAUGCAAGAGUUGGAAGAAGAUGUUCACGAGCUGCCAUUUCUCGAGGGAGAGUUGGAGAGACGACAUUUAAACAUGUGGCUGAGCGAUGGGAACACACUGGGGAAGCUGCACUUUGACCCCUACGACAACUUUCUCUGUAUGUUGUCAGGGGAGAAGCAUCUUACACUAUUUGAUCCCCAUCACAACGAGAAUCUCUACGAAGCUCACAUCCCUGAAGCCAUCUUAACCUUUGACCCCUCGAGGAGCACCUUCUCCCGCAACUCCCUACUGGAAAGCACGUCAAUGGUCAUGUCCCCUGUUGACAUUCUGCGGCCUGACUUUGAGAUAUUUCCAAACUUUGCCACAGCACGUCGUGUUCACUGCGUGCUCAAGCCUGGAGAUGUACUGUUCAUGCCUGCCUUCUGGUGGCACGAAGUUCAGUCCCAUCCCGACCCAGUGGAGAGAAGAAACCUGGCCAUUAAUUUCUGGUAUGAGCCUCUGCUAACUAAAGAGUUCCCGUGUCAAACCUGCAGACUCAACUACAACAUGUUCUAUAAAAACUUUCUUCAUAACUUUGACUCCGUAUAAAUCAUCAAUUCUCCAUGUCCGUGUUUUCUUAAUGUGUUAACCUGUUUAUUCA